AUUGCCUUAUACUAGUAGGGACUUUCCUAUGAUAGAUAUUUUGAGUGAUGUUGAAUCGUUCAUUAAUUUUCAGACUCAAUGGCUUUCGGAUGUAAAGAAUAGUGUAAGGCUGUCGUUGUGUAACAUAAUCCAUAAUUUUUAUAGAAGAUUGGACACUUGUAAGAUCAGGGAUGGAUUGAGCAGGACAUUGUUGUUUUGGUAUGAUAAAACUAGGUUGUUCCUUAAGAACCAUUCUGAUAUUUGUGUGUUAAAUUCGGAUAAAGGUAAUAAGACGGUCAUCCUUUCAAAGGUGGAAUAUGAUGAAAAACUAAGGCAGUUAUUGUCUGACACAUCUACUUAUAAGUUGUUAAGAAGCGAUCCAACUAAAAAGAUACAGGUUAGUGGCAACAAGUUGAUAAGUGAAUUACAUACUGGUGGUUUUAUAAAUGAUAGAGAGGCCAAAAGCAUGAAACAGUAUAAUUCUUUACCACCUAAAAUAUAUGGUUUAGUUAAAAUACAUAAAAGUAACAGACCCUUGAGACCGGUUAUUUCUUGCUGUAAUUCACCUACGUUCAAUAUUUCAAAAUUUUUAGUCGGUGUUUUGGAUGGAAUUAGAUGUAAGUUCACCUAUUCCCUGAAAAACUCGUUCACUUUGGUUUCAAAUUUACGAGAUAUCGUAAUUCCCGACGAUUACGUGUUGGUUAGUUUUGAUGUGGUUUCGUUAUUUACAAACAUUCCUCAAGGUUUAAUUUUUGACCUCGUUGAUGAACAUUGGGAGGAUUUGAAAAGCCAUACUCAGAUUCCAAUAACGACAGUUAAAAAUAUUAUUCAGUUUAUUUUCGUGAACAGCUAUUGUACUUAUGAUGGUUUAUUUUACUCCCAGAUUAGAGGUUCUGCUAUGGGAAACCCAGCCUCCCCAAUUUUGGCUGAGAUGGUCAUGAAUAAGAUGACAUUAUUUUAUCCAUUCCAAAGGAUAAGGUUCCACAAGUCCUGCAAGUUUUCAAUAGUUUCCAUAGCAGCCUCCAAUUUACAUAUGAGUUAGAGAGUGAUAACCGAAUCCCGUUUCUGGAUGUUCUUCUAAUUAGAGAGGGCAACAAGAUUAUCACUGACAUUUAUAGAAAACCGAUAUCAUCAGGUAGAGUCUUACAUUAUGACUCAGCGCACUCGAGAAUUCAGAAAGUUAUGAUAAUAAAAUCGAUAAAGCACAAAAUUCAGAAUUUAUCGGACGAGUUGUUUCACAAGAAAAAUUUCGAUGAGCAAACUUUAUUUCUGAUGAGGAAUGGUUACCCGAAAAGUUUGAUACAUAAAAUUUUUUAUUCUUCUAAUGUUGAACCUCCACCGCACACGUUGAAUAAUGUUGACGAGUCCCAUAAUAAUGUCAGAGUCUGUAAGUUGAUUUAUGUACCGAGGUUGUCCGAACAACUCAAACGAUUAAUGAAAGAUAGUACAAAUCGUGUUAUUUAUUACUACAACAAAACUGUUCGGUCUAUUUUUUCAAAGCUUAAGGAUAGGGAUCCGAAGGAGAGAUGUUCUGGGGUGGUUUAUAAGAUCAACUGUAGGGAUUGUAGCGUGUGUU